CGCCUCCAGAGUCACCAUGACGCACUUUUAGGAGAACUUUUGUUUUCUCUCCCACGGAAAUCUUUCAGUCCGGGACGUUUUAUUUCACCGAGCAAUUUUGACUCUCCAGAGUUCCCGUUUUAACGAGCAGCCGCGCACCGGUGUGAUGCCCGCCGGGAUGUUCAGCAUAGACAGCAUCCUGUCCGGCCGGCCAAGCUGCAAGGAGCCGCUGCUGCUGCACCGGAGCGGCCCGGUGGUGCUCUCCGCCGGCCUCACGGACUCUAUCUACACCGACUACAACGGACUGUACUCGGCCACUUGCGGACCUUCUCCAUCCGGGAUUCAGUCUGUGAACGGGACCAGGAUAGGAUAUAACGGCUACUACUACGGACAGCUGCACGUUCAGGGCGCCGGAGGAGGUCCGCCGUGUUGCAGCUCGGUGCCCGGCCUCACCCCGCAGCAGUGCCCCUGCAUCCCGGCAGGCUACGACAGCCCGGGCUCGGUGCUGAUCUCUCCGGUCCCGCACCAGAUGAUGUCCUACAUGAACAUGGGCAGCCUGUCGCGGACCGAGCUGCAGCUCCUCAACCAGCUGCACUGCCGCAGGAAGCGGAGGCACCGCACCAUCUUCACCGACGAGCAGCUGGAGGCUCUGGAGGGCCUCUUCCAGGAGACCAAGUACCCGGACGUCGGUACCCGGGAGCAGCUGGCCCGCAAGGUCCACCUACGGGAGGAGAAGGUCGAGGUUUGGUUCAAAAACAGACGCGCGAAGUGGAGGAGGCAGAAAAGGUCUUCAUCAGAGGAAUCAGAGAACUCUCAGAAAUGGAACAAAUCCACCAAAACGUCCGCGGAGAAAACCGAGGAGAGUAAAAGCGAGGUGGACUCGGACAGCUGAUAGUAAAAAAAGCCACCUGACACGGCCACGUACGUGUGUGCACACAUAGUGGAAAGUGAUGUGGACUCGACGACAUGCUGGUGGUGUGAUGAAAACGUGUUGCCAUGUUGCACAGUUGUACAUAUUUUAUUAUUGAUUCUGUGUCCGCUAUUUAUAUUUAAUUUAAGUUUUUGUAUUGUUACGCACGCCGGGGGACGUGACGGCCGGCCGGUGCAUUGACUGACAUGUCUGAAUAUAUCAUAAUGUUAUAUGUGGCAUUUUUAUGGAUAUUAAAUGUUGUAAAUCUGGUAUUUCUUUCCGUUGUAACAUGAUUGAGUGCGCUCAGCCCGCA